GGGUUGCCGUUGCGUUUAGUUGCGUUCGGGCCUUCCGCGCAGACGUCGAGGCUCGGUGGAUGGGGGAUGAUCGGAGGACAGAAGGGUGGGCGACGGACGCGCCUCGCCCGCUUCGUUGGUCCUCCUUGCGUUCAGUUCAGAUCCAGAAGCCGAACGGGUCGCGUGUCUCUUUCUUAUUUUCGUCGUUACCGCAGCGACGGUCCGAUCGCCCCGAUUUUCAUCCUCUUCCAGUUUCCACGCCCAUCCCUUUACUCAGUUGGACGGAGAUUCUAGAGGGCUGCGGACGCGUCGACGCCGCUCUUCGUUCAAUCGUCGUUUCUGUACCGGAUGAUCGACGGUUGCAACGGCGGAUGGAUGUUUGUACAAUUCGUCGCGAAGCAAGUGAAGGCAAGUGUGAAGUAAGGCGCAUUAAUAAUCGGUCAGUUUCGUUUUAUUCGAAAAUAUAAUAAUUGCGAAGCGGUCCAGACAAGUGUGAAGUAAGGCGCAUUGAUAGACGGUCAGUUUAGAUUUGUUAGAAAACAAUUGCCUGUCGUGGUGAGUAUUCGAGUAUCGAACGCUGCGAGUUGAGAAGUGACGAUCGCUAACGAAUAACAAAAAAACAAAAUACGAUCGUACGAUGCUGCAGCAACGGCAGCGUGUAACCGACCUGUAACAGGGUAAUAAGUAUCUUCCAUUAAAGUGUUUUCUUUUUCUUUUCUACGUGUAGUUGUUGUUGUUGUUGUGUUGUUGUUGUUUGUGUCGUGCACGCGUCUCGCCGCUCCCGAAUAUAUAAUACGUAAACAUAACGAAGGCAACUGCGAUUCGAUUGCUUCGAUUCGACGCAAGAAAAACAAAGAAGAAUCCGACCAUCGGCAGCCGCGUUGUUCCUUACUCUGGGAUGAAACUUCAACCCAGACGCUGACGCGAUAAAGAUGAGCGUGAGGAAAAACCGUUGCUCUAACAAAUUCGCGUUUCCGCAAAUAUUUUCGCAGCAUCGUCGUGGCCGCGAUCAUCUCGUGAGUGCGUGUAAAUAAAUCGGCGCGAUGCUGCCGGUUCAGGUCGCCGAUUCCUGAUCCACCGUUCCUGCGUCUCGGACUGGCGUGUUCCGUUUGUUUUGUGUGUUGUUAAAUUUUCGCUUAUUUUCUUCCUACGUCGCGCCGUCGGCAGUGAGUAAACAGUGCGCGGUAAUAAUUGAUCGAGCAUCGUGGUGAGGUGAAGUGUGCUUGUUGUUCGUCGCCCCAGCGUUUAUUGGAGAGUGUGGCGAGAGGAGGAGGAGAUCGCUCAGCAUCUUAUUCUUCUUCCCUCUCCCCUGUGUUUCUUCUUCUUCUUCUUCUUCUUCUUCUCCUUCUUCUUCGGGCGGAAGAAAAACCCCGAGAGUGAAAUGCCGUGAUGGAACGAAUCCCGAAUACCUCCGUCCGUGCCGCCCUGCUUCUCCUGCUUCCCCUGCUGCUCGCCCUGCAUCCGGAAGUCGCCGACACGGCACGACCGAGUAAGCAGCGCAGUACCACCGAUGCCUCACCUCCCAGAGGGGGUUCCGUGAACGAAGCUGGGGUCUUCGCUCUACGAGGUCGGCAGGAGGGAAGCCGAAGGGCGCGAAGGACAACGACGACGACGACGAGUACAACAUCGACGACUACGAAUUUUAAUGGCGUCUUAACGCCGGUUGUCGAUAUCUCGUCACCGGUGAUAUCCGACGAUCUGGUCGAGCCAGCGGCUCUUUUGGCACCUGACGAGGAACCCUGGCCAACUAACGGACCUCUCGGUUCGGUACCGGUCACUUCGAGGGCUCAGGGAACCUCGGGGUCCCCCAAAACCGGUAUCGAGAUCGUCGCCAAGCCCCAACGCAAGGUCGUUCUACCUUGCGAGCUAAACGCGAACUACUCCAAGUUCCUGCUUCCGGCGUCUAGAAGCUACAGAGUCCGACCUGCUACCUGGGUUCAUAACGGCAAUCCCGUAGACAUGAUCACGAUAGAUACGAGGACCGAGAUGAGCGGUACCGGGCACAGGUAUAUCGGGGAUUCGACAACCGCCGCCCUCCACAUCGAUAACGUCAGGCUAGAGGACGAUGGGACAUGGGGUUGCACCCUGGAGGACGACAGGGGAAAGAUCCUUGCCGGAAGACCCGUGAAGCUCGUAGUGUUGGAGGCCCCGAGAGCGACGUACCUGCUGAUCGACGGGCGUCGAUUGGAUCCGGGAAAUCAAUUCGUUCCGGUUAAAGAGGGAUCUGAACUGACUCUCGAGUGCGGUGUCGAAGGUGGCAAUCCACCCCCUGUCUUGUCCUGGGGCAUGACCCUUUCUCAGGCGACUUUGGACGGGCCUGAACAACCGCCCAACAAUCUGACGAUACUCCCGUCCGUUGUUGGCCGGCGUAGCGGAGCUCAUCUGAACGUCCUCAGGGGUCAUCACAACGCCACUAUUGCCUGCGUAGCGAGGCACGUAACUCUUCAUUCGCCGAUGAACGCCAGCAUACUUCUCGACGUGCAAUAUACACCCUCUUUCGCAAUAACGAGACUACCCGGUUUUGGGAUUCCGAUCGUCGAGGGUAUGUCGAUCAGCCUGAAGUGCGAGGUGGAUAGUAAUCCGAGUAGCGUGCCCGUCUGGCAACGUGACGACGGUCCACCACCAGUCGAACAAACCGACGACGGGUGGUUGAACUUCACGAAGAUAACGAGGGCGGAGAGCGGAUGGUACAAAUGCUACACCCGACAUAUGCUUGGGAUUUUUACUAGCAUAGGAUACUUCCUGAACGUUCGCUACGACCCGGACACCGAGACCGAGGCCGAGGCGUUAAACGGUGAGGCUACGGACUCUCGUAAAAUCGAGAUACAGCUCGGGGGCGCCGUGACGCUCGAAUGCGACGGUGGAUGCUGGGGGCGAGGUCCCGGAAUGGAGCCCGUUGGAGGACCCGGACCACUCGCCUUGAGCCGGGUCGUCUACCAGGAAGCGGGUGAGUAUCGGUGCGUCGCCCCGGACCGGAAGAUGCAGGAUACCUGGCGCGCGCAACUGCCGUAUCGUGUUAAAGUCACGGGCGGUCCAGCGGUCCGGCCGUCGACUCAAGCGGUCGCCGCGGUCGAGGGUCAGCCGCUCGAGGUGAUGGUCGAGUUCUGCGCCGAGCCGACCUUCACCAGGCUCCUAUGGCUUUCGGAGGACCGAGUUUACCUACCCGGGAGCGAAGCUGCGGCCGGUGUAAAGGCCCUCGUCGUCGAGGAGGGCGACACGAAGGCCUGCCACCAGUCGAUACUCAGUUUUGACUCGGUUAGGUGGUCGGAUUCCGGGGAAUGGACGAUGAUCGUCAAAUCAUCGGCCGGCAUCGCGGACGCCUCAGUUUUUCUCAACGUCACGCGUUCCGCCGUAGGUCUAAACGUCGUUUCCGGUUCUAUAAGGGGAACGGCACCGAGUAUUCACGGUAUUACAAUAUCUCUGACGAUCGUCCGAUUUUCAGGGAUAUUAUUACGGUGGUCUGCGUCGCCUGGAAACUAUUAGGGUAUCGUAUAUAUAUAUAUAUAUAUAUACGAAUAUGGGUAUUAAAUUGAAAAUAAAAAAAAAAUAAAAAAAAUUAAUAAAUAAAAAAUAAUAAAAAAAUGAUAAUACAUACUAAAAGUUAUGGUAAUUGUGUAGAUAUGAUAUGCGAUUAUGAUAAUGUGCUAUACCUAAUGUGUUACGAGUACCUCGACAUAGAGUAUUGUAAUAAUGACAUUUUUUUUAUUUUCGAUUUUCAAACGUCACAUGCUACAUGUAUAGUAUACACACACACAUACAUAUAUAUAUAUAUAUACAUAUAUAUGUAUAUAAUAGGAAUUAUUAUCGUUACACAAUAUCAACCUGAGGUCGCAGUAUUAACGAAAACGAAUUUAAUAAUUUAUAAUAAUCGACGCGUCGGUAUAAUAUUAUUUAAAAGGACGAUUAUAGAUUUGUAAAUUCGUACCUAUAGUUAUUAUAUUGAUAAAUAUUCUCGCACGGAAAUAACGCGGCAAAUGUUUACAAUACGAGGGAGAGAUUUUUUCAGCAGCGUGAGACAUUUCGACCUAAUAACGAUUGUACCUGCGCAUACGCAUAUUUGGGUAUGUAUGUACGGGUGAAAUGACUGUUGACUUUCAAUUAAAUUGACGAGAUCGUCGAUAUUACAAUGUGUAUCAUAGUGUGAGAAUAUACAAACGUGCGAUUCAUUAUUAUUAUUAUUAUUAUUAUUUUACAAAACAAUUACGGCACAUGCAUAAAUAUACGAUGUAUGUAAACAUUGUAUAUGCAUUCCCUGUUUUCGAGGGGAAAAGAACUUAUAUAUACAUGUUUAUACAUCCAUAUAUAUAUAUAUACACACACACACAUAGUAUGUGUACAUCAUUCAUUAGUAUUACAACUAAACGGAGGAGGAAACCGUGUAAAUAAAUUGUAUAGGUAAUCAAAUUUAUGUGUAUGAUAUACAUAUAUAAAUAUAUACACAUAUAUAUGUAUACACACACGUUAUAUCGUUACGAUAUAUAAUUGUAUGCGUAUAGGUUGUAGCGAUUCAUCGAGUAAGUAUAUAAUAAACGGAUGGACGUGGACGGAUAUAUCGUGUGACAUAAAUUAACAAUCGUAAUAAUGCACGAUGAAGAUGAAAAACGAAAAAACUGUACGUGUUGAAAGAAAUAGAAAAGAAACGCUAACUAACCAGCGAUGAAAGAGAAGUGAAAAAAUUAUCGAAUAAUUGUACUAAAAAUUGCAACGUCGAGGAAACACGGCCGCGGAUACGUGGAAUUUUCAAAGGAAAAAAAGAAAGAAAGAUGGAAAAAUGGUAAUUAAAGUACGAUGGAAAUGAAGCGAAGUAAAAUAUUACGAGGAUUGAAACGGUCAUGAAUUCAAACGAAACCGAAUGGCACAAAAAUCUCGAAAUAUCUUGCGAAUAAAUUGACAUGCGUAUAAUAUACUAUAGAAAUUAGUAUCGCUACAAAUUUAUCUCAAAAUCUGAACAAUUCCGAUCUAACGUUGUUUUUGUUCAGUUUGUGUCAAAUAUAGAUAUGGGUAUUGUAUACAAUUAGUAUAAAGAUUGGGAGUAAAAACUUUCACCUAAUAUGCCAAUGAAGGAGAAAAUAAUACUCACCGCAGUUGAACGUCGGUGUAAAUACAUACCUACCAACAACACAUACUAUACUAUACGCACGAUGUGAAUACCAUCUCGAAUAUGUAAAUUGACAACAAUAAUACAUAUAUAUAUAUACACACACAUACAAUACACGUAUGAAUAUAUUGUUACAGAUUAAAUGAAUAAAUAUUGUUGUACAUUAACGCCGUAUAGGUGAGUAGAAUUUGUAAAAUAUAAAUACCUGUAACGUAAAAUAAUGAUAAUAGUAAUAACAACAACAACAACAACAACAACAAUGAUAAUAGUAUACAAAAAGAAAGGUAAUUAAUGUGUUAAUGUUGAUAACAUUAUAUAAUAUACACGGUAAACAAUAUAGUAUAACGGAUAUAAUGUAAUGCAAAAAUUUAUUCCGGUCCGCGCAUGAUGAAAGAAACAAAGACGGGAAAGGGAAAAAUAAUUAGAGGAAAAGGUGACGGUAUGACGAAUUGUUAUAAUAGAUGAUGUUUAUUAUUUGUUGAUAUAUUUUUGUAAAGUUUUAUUUAGCCAUAAGUUUUCCAUACACAUAUUAUACAUAUAACGCGUACGUAAUCCUUUCCUUCCAUCUUUCUCUCUCUCUCUCUCGCUCUGUCUCUCUCUCUCUCUCUCUGAAAAACUUCCCCGCAUCUCUACGUGUAUAAAUACUAAUAUUUUUGUAAUUCGGUAUCUCAAGAUUUGUACCUUUUCUUUCGUUUGCCUUUAAUUUUUUUGACUCGUUUUUUUUUCCCCCUUAUUGUUUUCUGUUAAUUUUAUUUCCACCAACGCAACGGUGAGAUAUACUUGGUUCUCAAAAAUUACCGCUAAAAUCCGCGAACUCGUGCCAUGAGAUUUACAAACACACACAGGAUAAUAUAAUUGCAGAGAGCUUCGUCAAUUUCAAUAUGAUAUAAUAAUAUUAUAUAUAAAAAUAUCCAACCCCCGAGGUUAUAAACGUCGCCCGUUCGCUCGUCUCUCUUCUAGCGUUACACAAACACACACGCGCGCAUAUGUAUCUUGGUAUUGUACCAAAUCCUCGUGAUCCAACAUUGCGAUUACAGAGUAAAAUUUCGAUAUUUUUUUUUCCGAUCCCUUCCCGGCGAUCCCUGCCGGGGCUUCCAUUUCCGAACAAUAAUGUACGUUACGCAAACGUCGGCUGAGUUUCGCUCUCUCUCUCCACAUUCUCUCUUUCUCCCUUCAGCCAUAUCUCUGUGAUGCAUAUAUACGUAUACAUAUGUACGUACACGUACGGAACGUUUGCAGUAGUGUAGAUAAAAAAAAAAAAAAAAAAACUCAGAGCAAAGAAAUAUGAAACGAAAAUAACGAGGAACUCGACGUCUCGUUGCAGGUAAAUCUUUAACAACACGUGAUCCGGACGCCGCGAACCGAUCGGUGCAGGGUGCAUAUAACUGAUAUUUCAUCGAUGCACAUGCAGCGGAUGGGUAUAACUACCUUGGUCACGCAUCGACGUGUGUUUGUAAAUGUUUUCGCGUUAUAAACCGCGCGUUUAUUCGCUCAAUCGCCAGACGUGUUGCAAAUCACGGGCUAGAAAAUACAGGGCGAAAAUUGGUAAGGGUCGGAAAAAACGUGAAAGAAAAACGAGGGAAUAAAUAAAAAAUCAUAGCACGAAUCGGAAAAAGUGCAGGUUUACAAAGUAGGCGUACCUGCGUACGUGUGUGUAUAAAUAUGCAUAUGGAUAUAUGUACCGCAUUAUCUGUGGGAAAUAAUUGUAAAUAUCUGAUAUAAACGUAAAUACCGAUGGAUGAAUGUUAAUUUAAGCCUGCGAUAUGCCGAAUCGAAUUCAUUCGUUGGCUGAGGGGAUGAAAACGCGUGCACGCGAAUAGAUAGAUAGAUAGAUAGAUAGAUAGAUAGGCAUAAUAAUACAUAUUAUACAUAGGUAUAUACACUGUUGUGUUAUAAUAUAGAAUUUCAAUAAUAGCUCAGGCGUGAAUAGAUUAAUAUUAGUCAAAUACCGGCGAGGUUCGAUCCGAGCUAAAUCGGGGUUUUAUUACUCGACGCGGGAAAGGAAAAAGAAGAAAAAUAAUAAUGAAAAACCAAGAACAAACGAUACUGAAGGAACACACGCGCACAUUCGCACGGAAAAAAGGAAAGUCAAUUUGUACAUAUGAAAAAUAUACGGAUAAUAACUAACAGAUAAUGGAUUAUAUUAAUAUUUAUUGGUGAAAGAUGUACGGAUAUAAGUAUAUAUUAUACAAAUAUGUAUAAAUAGUAAUCGUAGUUAGCGAUAUUGUAAAUUUCACGAUGUUCCAUUCGCAUAAGUUUAUUGUAAUACGAUACAUCCGUAGUAUAGUGUAUUCAAUUAGGUAUAUUAUGUUGUCCGAGUGGGUAUGUAUAUAUUACACAUCAUUGUUUAAGUACGGAUUGUGAAAAUUGUUCGUUUCGUUCGCAAAAAGUUACACUUGCGAAAACAUUUUUUUUUUUUCCAACAAGAAUCGAGCUUAACGUAACUCGGCCGCGAGUCGGUGAAUUUAAAAAAUUUUUUCUUCUCUUUGGUUUUUGUCCUUUCAUGCUCGUUUAAAAUUCCACCCCAGUCAUCAUCGAACACCUUGAGAGAAAGAAAAAGAUGCUCGGACUCAUAAAUUUCAAUCGCCGAUAUCCAUCAAUCUCUUUUUACACUCUUCUCUAAUGUUAAGAAAUGACUGGGUGAAGAAAAAUUUCGUAGCGAGAGAGACGAUUCGUCGCGAUGAAUAAUUUUCCAACACCCCACCCGUUUUCUCUCUGAUUCAUUGGUAAAGAUCAAUCAGCAGCGGCAGCAGCGGCAAUUAUCGGGGUGUGAGACUGGAAUUAUUGAACAAUUUUUACGGGACGGUCCGCAUGCAGGGUUCGAGAAAAAUUGGAAGCAUUACGUAAACCUAUUGAAACGAAUCUCGCCCAGGAAGAUCAGGGCUUACCGAUCGCUGACCGUGUUUCGAUCGAUAUAAUCGAGGCUAGUGCGUCGAGGGAUGGGGAUCUCCAAUUAAACAAUUCGCCCCCUUUAAUCGCUCGGACGUUAUCGGCCCGUACAUCCUGGUCCAGCGGUGUAAUUCGGCUCCUCUUCACCCUCCUCCUCCUCCUCCUCUUCCUCUUCCUCAGCGGUAUCGCCCGCUUAAUCUCCGAACCUUCGAAACGGCGAAACAUUUGCAUUGGCACGGACUUUGUCGGAAAAUCAAAAUACACGGAUACAUGUAUAUAUAUGUGCGAUACAGUAUAUAUUCCGCAGCAUGGCGUCUAACGCCUGCUUACGAAUUUCUGUGCGUAAUCGAUUCGUAUACGUUGUACGUACGCUUACUUAUACGUCGUAUCCACUCGCGAACAUGUGUAUUAAUAGGUUCUGCGCGCAGAGGCGCACUACUCCGGAUAAUAUCCAGCUUAUGAAAUUAAUACUCGCGGUUUGAAUUGCGAAUUCAUUAGACCUGCCUCGUACCCUUCUUAACGUCCCUAUUAAUGAAUGUAUGAGAAUGGUAAGUCCGGAGAACUGUUCAAAGAAUGCUCGCGAUCACCGUGUUUCCUGAUUUUUCUGAUCAUAUUUAUACACAUACAAAAUCGAAACGGAAAUGGAAAAAGAGAGAGAUGAAAAUAUUGAGUGCAACUAUCCGGCGUUUGUGCGUUAUUCAUCCUUUACCCUCUUACCUACACCUGAUAAUCCUGUAAUACUUAUAAUGCUACUAAUACUACUACUAUAUUACUAAUUACUACUACUACUACUACUACUACUGUACUACUAAUACUAAUGUAAUUACCAUUUCCCUCCCUCUUCCCAAAGUAAAAUUAAGAAGAAGAAAAAAAAAUAAAAUAAAUAAAUAAAUGAAAUAAAAGAAAGAUAAAUCGAUGGAAAAAAUUUAAAAUCGCCAUGUAUUAUAAAUAAACGCAAACAAAAAGAACAACAAUAACAACAAAACGAAUACCUAUAUUGAUAUAAAUAUGUUAUCGUAACGUGAUUAUUAUAUAAAUAUAAGGUUAUACAAGGUUAUAAAUUAUGGAAAUAAACUGUAUACGUCCAUUGAUACGUAGAUACGGGAUGAAGAAAGAGAAGAGAAAAAAAAAAAAAAAAAAAACGAAAAAUGAAACUGAAAACCACAAUUUUGUCGUUAUUUUCAUCUCUUCUUGCCAUUCAUAAUCUCU